AUCUGGUUGGUAUUUCUGUGAGACCUUGAAGUAAAGCCAAGCUUGUGAAAUUGCUCCUGUAAAAGGAAUGAAUACUUCAGAAACAGGAGACCGUCGAAAAUGGCAAGUCACACUACUGAUAUAAAUACGGACUCUAAUGAAUUCAAAAUUAACAUGAAAGAAGGAGGAACAGAGGAACUUACACUUAAUAAGGUAAAAUAUGUUGUUGAUAAAGUUCUUGAAUAUGCUAAAUUAGCUAAAAAUAAAACUCCUAGGAUGAAUGAAAUUAACUGCAACGAUCCAGUUAUUGCCUGGACAGAAUAUAGGAGUGAUCCUGAAGAUUUAUUUGAUAUUUUUUCUCAUCAGCUUGAAGACGAGUCACAUAUAGACCUGACAGAUCGGUCAGAGAGUAAAACUUCCGAGGCUGUAAACUGUGAAACGACUGAAUACUCCGGGACCAAGAAUCAGAAGACCAGUAUAAAUAGUAACAUUCAAACUAUUAGUUUAACUGAAUGCGAAAAUUCAGCAUUUAACGUUCCUGAAAGAUAUUCCAGAAAAGCAACUCCUUCUGAAGGAAAAGUAUUCUCCAAAGUUGCAAAUCCAUAUAUCAGUAAGAAAAAUAUUAAUUAUAAAAAUAACAGCUAUUUUUCUCCCCCUCUACGAGUUAAAAAGCCAGAAUUACGCCGUCAACUUAUAUUAAAAAUUUUGAAUUUGGAUUCUUCAAGAGAUUUCAGCAUUGAGGAAAAAACCUCGAAUGCAGACGAAUGCAGUGGAACCGAUGAUUCAGAUGUUGUAUUGCAUUGUAUUGCUCCGGUGAAUGAUAAUUCUCGGAAAUUAAAUUACGUUUGUUCUUCAUCAACAGAAGAUUCCGCUUCACAAAAUUCUGAAGAACAAAACUCUGAAGAAGAAGAACAAAAUUCUGAUGAAGAAGAAGAAAAUUCUGAAGACGAACAAAAUUCUGAUGAAGAACAAAAUUCUGAUGAAGAACAUAAUUCUGAAGAAGAACAAAAUUCUGAAUAUGAACAAAAUUCUGAAAACGAACAAAAUUCUGAUGAAGAAGAAGAAAAUUCUGAAGACGAACAAAAUUCUGAUGAAGAACAAAAUUCUGAUGAAGAACAUAAUUCUGAAGAAGAACAAAAUUCUGAAUAUGAACAAAAUUCUGAAAACGAACAAAAUUCUGAUGAAGAAGAACAAAGUUCUGAAGAAGAACAAAAUACUGACGAAGAAAAACAUUCUCGGACAACAAAUUCUCUGAAAAACCAAUUCGAAGGACAAAUUUCUGAAGUAAAAAGUCCUAAAGAAUUAAUUUCAUAUAUCUGUAUGGAUAAUAUUAAUUAUAAAAAUAUGAAUAGCUAUGUUUUGAAAAAUGUAUUUUCCCCUCUACGAGUUAAACCGCCAAAAUUACAGUAUGAAACUAUAGGGAAAAUUGUAACUUUGGAGGAUCCUUCAAAAGAUUUAAGCAUUAUUAGUGAUGGCAUAAUCCCGAAUGUAAACGAAGGUAGUGGAACCGAUGAUUCAGAUAUCGGAAAGCAUUGUAUUGCUCGGGUUAAUGAUAAUUCUCGGAAAUUAAAUUACGUUUGUUCUUCAUCAACAGAAGAUUCCGCUUCACAAAAUGCUGUAGAAGAACAAAAUUCUGAAGAAGAACAAAAUUCUGAAGAAGAUCAAAAUUCUGAUGAAGAACAAAAUUCUGAAGGACAAAUUUCUGAAGAAGAAAAAAAAACUGAAGAAUUGAUUUCAUAUAUCUGUAUGGAUAAUAUUAAUUAUAUAAAUGACAGCUAUGUUUUGAAAAAUGUAUUUUCCCCUCUACGAGUUAAACCGCCAAAAUUACAGUAUGAAACUAUAGGGAAAAUUGUAACUUUAGAGGAUCCUUCAAAAGAUUUAAGCAUUAUUAGUGAUGGCAUAAUCUCGAAUGUAAACGAAGGUAGUGGAACCGAUGAUUCAGAUAUUGGAAAGCAUUGUAUUGCUCGGGUUAAUGAUAAUUCUGGGAAAUUAAAUUGCGUUUGUUCUUCACCAACAGAAGAUUCCGCUUCACAGAAUGCCGAAGAAGAACAAAAUUCUGAUGAAGAACAAGAUAUCAAAGAAGAACAAAAUUCUAAUGAAGAAGAACAAGAUAUCGAAGAAGAACAAAGUUUGGAACGAAUAUUUCCAGAACUUUUUAUUCAGCUCGAAGAAUAUACUAAAUUUGCCGACCAAAAAAAAUGCUUCCCAUAUGAAAUUGUGAAUUAUAUGUCAGAAUCAUUGAAAAGUAUAAAUGAAAGGAUACCAAUUUUUUCAAAAUAUGAAGAAUGUGUUCGAAGUAUAAACGCUAAACUGGGUUACGAAACAUUGGAGGAUAAAUUUCCUUCGAACCAGAACAAAUCCAAUAUUGAGGAAGAACAAAAUUCUGAAGAAGAAAAACAAAAUACUGAGAUAGAAAUACAAAACUUUGAAGAAGAACAAAAUACUGAAGAAGAAAAACAAAAUUCUGAAUUAGAAUUGAAUACAGAGGAAAAGAAACAAAAUAAUGAAAAAGGAAAACAAAAUUCUGAAUUAGAAUUGAAUACAGAGGAAAAGAAACAAAAUAAUGAAAAAGAAAAACAACAUUUUGAAAAAGAACAAAAUUCUGAGGAAGAACAAAGGCUCGGUGAUAUGAAACGCGACUGCUUUAUCGAACCGCAAGAACCUUUAAAUCGUGGCAUUAUAUUCACAGUUUUUUGUAUAGUUCUUAUAUUUAUAUUUUCGCAUUCUAUGGCUCAUUACAAUUACAAUUUACAGAAAAAUAACAGUGUCAGUCCAGAUCCUCAAAUGGAUCAUUUGAUGUCUUACUUGCUUGUUGAUUUAUUUGAAGACAGCACAUGGGCUUACGAUGGAAGAAUGUAUUCCAUUGCGAGUAUGUACGAGAUGCAUGAUUUGAAGCACAGAACAUCGUUAAGGCUCCAAUCUAGUAUUACUAUUGCAAAUGCAUGGAUAACUUUGGUCUUGGCUGAUGUUCAUAAAGACCAAAAUCUUAAAGAAUCUGUAGAAUCAUUCUUAACAACUCACUCUAAUGAGACUUUGCAUUCUGAUAUUUGGAAGAAUAAAACGCAGUCGAUGAUGACUACUAUAACAGAAAAGUACAAAGCAGAUUUCCAAAAGCAACUACUUGAGUGAAAAAUAAUGGCAAAUGGAAUAAAGAAGAUUUUUCAAAUUCUAACAAAGAACUGUUCUUUCCAUCAUUUAAUCAGCCCUUCUUGGAAAAAAAAGUCAACAACAAUACGAAUACGCUCUCUCAUAGAUACCAUUUCUUGCAUAUAACACGAAAGUUAAUCUUCACACUUUUAAAGUUUAAAAUUUCUUUUGUCAAAUAUUCAUCAUC